UUAGAUGAUGUGACACAAUUUAUGCGCGUAAGACAGAAAAGCAUUGUAGUGUGCCUAGUUAGUGACUGUUUUAAUCUUAUAACAGCAAUAUUAUUAAGGUGGCUCUCGUUCUCCGGAGACGACUGGUUUACGGUGAUCACUAUGAAGAGUGCAUUGCUUUUGCUCUGGUUGUACGUUUUUCAUUGCGAAGGCGCUGUGAUAGUGGACAGCAAUGAGUACUCGGUCGUAAAUGACAGACCUAUAAUCGGUGUACUUUCUCAAGAACAAUCGUUUUACCUCCAUGGAAAAUUCCCUGAAGAGAACUACACAAGCUACAUUGCUUCUUCGUAUGUCAAAGACAUUGAGGCAUCGGGAGCUCGGGUUGUGCCUAUUCUGAUCGGUAAAGAUCGUUCGUAUUAUAAGGAGCUGAUGAAGAAAAUUAAUGGGGUAUUGAUUCCCGGGGGAGCAACGUACUUCAACCAAUCCAAUGGAUACGCUGACGCCGGUCAACACAUUUACGAGCUUGCUAUAGAAAUGAACGACGCCGGAGACUAUUUCCCGAUCUUCGGAACCUGUCUUGGUUUUGAGCUCCUCGUUAUCUUGGCCUCAGGGCGGGGAAAGAAAGAAAAUAGAAUCACUUGUCACUCUUUUGGAAAUCUGCCACUUGAUUUUACUUCAGAUUUUCGUUCGAGCAAAAUGUUUCGUGAAGUACCGGAAGACGUUGCCGACAUUUUGGCGAACCAGGACGUAACCAUUAACGCUCAUCAGUUCUGCAUCGUGGAUGAGAAUCUGAAAGCAUACAAUCUGACCGAUGACUGGCGUGUUACUUCACACUCGAAUGACGAAUACGGCGUUCAGUUCAUUGCCACAAUUGAACAUACGAGAUAUCCGUUCUACGGAGUUCAGUUUCAUCCCGAGAAGAACGCGUUCGAAUGGAAACGCUCGAAGAACUAUGCUCACUCUUUAGAUUCAAUUAAAGCCAAUAGGUACUUCAUGAAUUUCUUCGUCAAAGAAUGCAGGAAGAGCACCCACACGUUUGUUAAUCAGGCUGAAGAGAAUCGAUACGUUAUCUACAAUUACGAGCCCAAGUUCACGGGAGUGCUCGGUAGCGCUUUCCACCAGUGCUACUUCUUUGAGCCCAGAGGAAUUGUUACAAAAUAAAUAAAUCAAGCUUGAGAUAAUAAAGGUUGAGAGAGAGAGAAUAAAGAUUGAAA